CGCAGAAGACGCAGACGUAAAACGUACCAGGAAAGGCUCGCGUUUUUUGCGGUUACGUGCGCGAGCGACGGUCUUUUCGAGCGCUGCAUAAAGAACAUGGCCGACGUGACAGCGGCAGAGGGAGAUAAACUCAGCAAAAAGUCUUUCCGCUGACUGGUCAGCUCAGCAUGCACUGUCUGGUCAGGGCAGCCAGGCAGCAGCUGUGCCAAGCCUUUGCAUUCAGGGGACAGUGGCUAAAAUGUGCCCCCCCAUGCACAGCUGCAGUCCCUGCUCAUAUUUAUGGCAACCGUUGGAGAGGUGACAAAAGUGAGCUGAAGAGGCGAAUGAAAGCUGAGAAAAAGGCAGCUGAGAAAGAUGCCAAGCUCAAAGAGCAGGCUGAGCAAAAGAAGGAGUCCAAUGACCUCGCAGAGCAAAAUGCCUCUGAGCUGGAUGAGGCAACGCUUGAUCCGAAUCAAUAUUUCAAGAUCCGCUCUCAGGCCAUCCAGGAUCUAAAGGGAACCGCAGAGGACCCAUACCCACACAAGUAUCAUGUAGAUUUGUCUCUAACGGAGUUCAUCGAGAAAUACAAUAAUCUACAGCCCGGGGAUCAGCUGACAGAUGUGGUUCUUAAUGUUUCAGGCCGUGUCCAUGCUAAGAGGGCCUCUGGGGCCAAGCUGAUUUUCUAUGACUUGCGAGGUGAAGGUGUGAAGUUGCAAGUUAUGGCAAACUCAAGAAACUACAAGUCUGAGGAGGCAUUCAUUGCCAUCAACAACAAACUGCGCCGCGGUGACAUCAUUGGAGUCCGAGGUAACCCAGGGAAGACAAAAAAAGGGGAAUUGAGCAUCAUUCCUAUUGAGAUGACCCUUCUGUCACCAUGCUUGCACAUGUUGCCCCAUCUCCACUUUGGCCUCAAAGACAAGGAAACACGAUACCGGCAGCGCUACUUGGAUCUGAUUCUCAAUGACUAUGUGAGGCAGAAGUUUAUAACUCGCUCCAAGCUCAUCACGUACCUGCGUAGCUUCCUGGACCAGCUAGGAUUUUUGGAGAUUGAGACACCAAUGAUGAACAUUAUUCCUGGUGGAGCAGUGGCCCGUCCUUUUGUUACUUACCACAACGAGCUGGAUAUGAACCUGUACAUGAGGAUUGCUCCUGAGCUGUACCACAAGAUGCUUGUGGUCGGUGGCAUAGACAGAGUGUAUGAGAUAGGUCGUCAGUUCAGGAAUGAAGGCAUUGAUCUUACUCAUAAUCCAGAGUUCACCACCUGUGAAUUUUACAUGGCCUAUGCAGACUACCACGACUUAAUGGAGAUCACGGAGAAGCUCCUGUCAGGAAUGGUGAAACACGUCACUGGAGGAUACAAGGUGACUUAUCACCCUGAUGGUCCUGAAGGUCAGGCCUACGAGAUUGACUUCACGCCACCAUUCAGAAGAGUGAGCAUGACACAUGACCUGGAGAAGCUGAUGGGAGUUAAAUUUCCUCCUACUGACAGCUAUGACACUGAUGAGACACGUAAAUUCUUUGAUGACCUGUGUACACAGAAAGGAGUUGAAUGUCCUCCACCCAGAACCACUGCCCGUCUUCUUGACAAGUUGGUUGGAGACUUCCUUGAGGUUACAUGUAUCAACCCCACAUUCAUCUGUGAUCACCCUCAGAUCAUGAGCCCCUUGGCCAAAUGGCACAGAUCACACAAAGGUCUGACUGAGCGUUUUGAGCUCUUUGUGAUGAAGAAGGAAAUCUGCAAUGCUUACACUGAGUUAAAUGAUCCUAUCAGACAGCGGGAGCUUUUUGAGCAGCAAGCCCAGGCCAAAGCGGAAGGUGAUGAUGAAGCCAUGUUCAUUGAUGAGACCUUCUGCACAGCACUGGAAUACGGUUUGCCUCCAACUGCAGGUUGGGGUAUGGGCAUUGAUCGCGUGGCCAUGUUCCUGACUGACUCCAACAACAUAAAGGAGGUGUUACUUUUCCCCGCCAUGAAGCCUGAUGACAAUAAGACAGCACCACCCACAGAGGGUACCUCUGUGUAAUGACACAUCAGCUGCAAUGUGCUGCUCUCACAUCUGUCCAGCAGUGGGUCUGAGGGAGGAUUGUCCACCUCUCUGCGUUUGUCUACUGAGUGGACCUGUGUUUUUAUCAAUGUUGGUCUGUCAGACGUCUAAGUCUUGAUCUUGAGGGGAAAUCGUUAAGUGGUGAACAAUAAACAAUGUCAAAGCUUU